AUGUCGCGCUACUACUAUCAGGAUGAGUUUCAAGUUCCCGAGGAUACAAUAAACCAGCCCGAAGCCUCACUUUCAGUGCAUCUGCGACGGUCAAAGAACCUGAUAGCCAACGCCAAAGAACUACUAAAUGAAAAUCCAUUCGAUGAUAUAGGGAAUGAGAAGAGGGUGGAAUCAGGAAAAUGUCGCUCGAGCAUCGGUAUCAUGUUCACCGGAAGUAGGAUAGAAAAUUUGAUGGCAGGGGGUCCAGCUCAGCUUUCAGGCGAGCUUGACGUCGGUGACGUGGUGCUGUAUGUGGACGGACACCAUGUGGAAGGUGAUGCGCUGCGAAUGGGAACAUACCUGCGAGGAGAUGACAUACCUGGUACGAUGAUGUCAUUGAUCGUGAAGAAAUCAAAUGGUGCGGUGAAAAAUGUUGAACUGACCCGGAUGUCGUCGUCAAACAUCCAAGACACGAGAAAAGUUCUCGAGAUGUUCUCUGCGCUGAGGGCAACGCUAGCGAGCAAAUCAGAUGCGGAAUCGGUGCAGCAGUUGGACCGUAUUUACGAAUUGUGGGCAAGCAUACAGGCUGCGGAGAACGGCCGAUCGAAGGGCACGAGGGAUAGGCUUGAGAAUCAGCUGAUUCAAACCAAGCUUGUUUUGGGUAAAUUAGAUGAGACAAUGAGGGAGAUCGCAGAGAUCGUGGAAUCUUAUCACUCGAGAGAAGAUCCCAAAAGUCGGAGCUACCAAGACCGGAACCUGACAUAUGACAGGAUGACGUAUGAGGAAUUGCAGCUGGAGAAUAAUACAUUGAGAGCCGAGAUCAUCAGGUUGCAAGACCAGAUGAUGCAGAACGAGCAGAUCGCAGUCCGAGAGUCAGAAAUCGCCAGGAACGAGAUGAGUCUCAUCGUCGCCGAGACCAGGAGGCUUCAGGAUACCUUGCAGCAGCUCAAGCUCCGUUCGAGCGUCAGUAACAUUGAAUCGCCUGAUAGCCGUCGCUCUAGUCCACCUCGGGAAGACUCCCCCUUGGGCUACCGAGAUUCCUGGCUGGGCCCUGCGGGUCGGACGGCUGGCAGCGAGUAUCUGAGUCCCCUCAAGUCUCCCAUCCAGCAGCGAUCAAGCUUCUCCCCUCUCUCGAGCUCAGUCAUUGGGAAUGACCGAUCGAGCUCGCCGUAUCCAGCGACCUUCGCCUCCAUGGAUUCUCUGCAGGCCAACGAAGUUCCUCCGCUGGUCUCUCAGGUCACAAGACUCGCUGAUUCGCAGACCAAUCACACGCUUCAACCCACCCCCUCUGCCUCGUCCUACACGAACCACCCACCCAACCCGAGCGUUUUGCGAUCAGCGACCCCUCCCAUGCAUGGGCGAUAUGUGUGA